UCUCACAAUCAUUUAUUUCCUCUCUCACACACUUCAAAAAAAAAAGAAUUUACCCUUACUAGAGAGAACCAAUAAAGGGGUUUUUAAUAGAAGAUAACGUUGCUGGCUUUUAUUGCAUUCACCGAGAUAGUUUUGUUUAUUUCUAAAUUAUGCAACAAGUUGUUCAUCUACGUACGAUCUUUGGUUCAAAUCGAAUCAGAAUGAAAUAGAUUCAGUCAACAACUUUCAUAACAAUCCAAUUGGAAGAUUUUUUGUGCAUGUGAAUUAGAACAAUCAUAAGAAAACUGGUAGCCUCACUAGCAAGGAACAAUAGGAGUUUUGGAUCACAAGAAAACAACAUUGACGAUUCGUAUUACAUUUACUAAGAUAGUCUUACUCGAUUACUUCUGAACUCUGUAGUGAGUUCAACCACCACCUUCGAAUCAGAUUGAUUUAAGAUAAAACAGAUUUAUUCUGUAGCUUUCACAAUAAUCAAAAUCUGACCUCCGUCCUGAAAACUAAAGAAGAAAUGGCAAAGUUGGUGGGGCAUGUAGGAACAGGUCUUGGUUUUUUUCUAAUAGGUACUUGGCACAUGUUUAACCAUAUUAAACUACAUUCUUUGCACCCAAAUGGCUACACUUCUUUACUGUGGUUCCCAACUCCAAAAAUAAGACAUUUUGAACUUUUCUUGAUUAUGUGUGCAACCUUAAUUUUCUUACUAAUGGAAAUUUUUGGUGAUCACCAUCUACUAAAUUCAGAUGGAACAAUCCCUUCUAACCAUCUUCACUAUCUUGAACAUUCAUGUAUCUCUUUAUCUUUAUUUAUUUAUGCAUUUUUCUCCAUGUUAAUUGACAAAAUUACCCCUUCAAUCAAAGCUCAAAAUGGACUUACAAAUUUUCUUGCAUCAAUUGCUUUUGGCCAAGAAUUACUUCUAUUUCAUCUUCACUCAACUGACCAUAUGGGAGUUGAAGGACAAUACCAUUGGCUUUUACAAAUAGUCAUUUUUGUGUGUUUAAUCACUACCCUUUUGGGAAUUCCAUUUCCUAAUAAUUUCUUGAAUAAUUUUGUGAGAUCUUAUAGUAUUAUGUUUCAAGGACUUUGGCUUAUGGUUAUUGGUGUUAUGCUUUGGACACCAAAAUUUAUACCUAAAGAUUGUUUUAUCAACUUUGAAGAAGGGUAUCAAGUUGUUAGAUGUCAUGGACAUGAAGCACUUAAAAGAGCAAAAUCAUUAGUGAAUAUUGAAUUUAGUUGGUAUAUUAUUGGAACCACUUGUUUAGUAAUCUCUCUUUACUUAGUUGGUUUCAAGAUUUUCACAAAAAAUAAUCUUGAGUAUCAAUCCUUAAAAAAUAAUUUUGAGGAUCAUCAAGAAGUGGAUUUUGUGGAUGUUGAAGCUCAAAAGAAAAGUGAAUUGAAGAAAAAGUUUGUUGAAAUGGGCAAAGUGAUGGCUACAUAAUUGACAAGAUAAUUUAUUACAUAUAGGCAAAAAAUGAAGAGUUAAUUGUAAAAGCAAAGCAUGGGAUUGUACAAAAAAGGGAAAAAAAUUGUUUGGUGGUUGGUUGUAUAUAUGUAUAUAUUUUUUAAAAUUAUGACUAGAAAAUAGUCGAGAGUCUAUUGAUAACAGUUUUUUUAUCUCUCCGAAAUAGGGAUAAUAAGAUAUGUGUAUACUCUAUUCUUCCAAACUCUAUUUAUAAAAUUGUACACUGGAUACGAUAUAUUGUCGUCGUUAUUGUUGUAUUUAUGACUAGAAAAUAGAAUUUCUCUCUUGGUAGAAGGGGUGUAUUGUAUUUAAUUUAUGGCCUUUAAUUAGGGAGAAGAAGAAAAUUUAUGUACAUAUGUAUGUUACAC